AUGUUCAGAUUCGCCUCGAGCCGCACCCUGGCGUCGGCGUUGAACGCCUCCAAGAUUGCGCCCUCUGCCCGAUUUGGCGCUGCCCAGCAGAAGCGUAACCUUUCCAUCCACGAGUACCUCUCCGCCGACCUCCUGAGACAGUAUGGCGUGGGCGUCCCCAAUGGCUCCGUGGCCAAGAACGCCGCCGAGGCCAAGCAGGUCGCGCAGAGCAUCGGCAAUGACGACAUGGUCAUCAAGGCCCAGGUCCUCGCCGGUGGGCGCGGAAAGGGCACGUUCGACAACGGCCUCAAGGGCGGUGUCCGUGUCAUCUACUCGCCGCACGAGGCCGAGAUGUUCGCGGAGCAGAUGAUUGGGCACAAGCUCGUCACCAAGCAGACGGGAGCCGCCGGCCGCCUCUGCAACAGCGUCUACAUUUGCGAGCGCAAGUUUGCCCGUCGCGAGUUCUACCUGGCCAUCCUCAUGGACCGCCAGUCGCAGACGCCCGUCAUCGUGUCGUCGUCGCAGGGCGGCAUGGACAUUGAGACGGUGGCCAAGGAGACCCCCGACGCCAUCAACACGACGUACAUUGACAUCAACGUCGGCGUCACGGACGACAUGGCGCGCGACAUUGCCACCAAGCUCGGCUUCAGCGAGCAGUGCAUCGAGGACGCCAAGGACACGAUCCAGCGCCUGUACAAGGUCUUCCGCGAGAAGGACUCGACCCAGAUCGAGAUCAACCCGCUGUCCGAGACGUCGGACCACCAGGUGCUCUGCAUGGACGCCAAGUUUGGCUUUGACGACAAUGCCGACUUUCGCCAAAAGGAAGUCUUUGAGUGGCGCGACGAGACCCAGGAGGACGCCGACGAGGUGCGCGCCGCCAAGUCCGGGCUCAACUUUAUCAAGCUCGACGGCGACAUUGGCUGCCUCGUCAACGGCGCCGGCCUCGCCAUGGCCACCAUGGACAUUAUCAAGCUCAACGGCGGCCAGCCCGCCAACUUCCUCGACGUCGGCGGCGGCGCCACGCCCGCCGCCAUCCAGGAGGCCUUUGAGCUCAUCACCAGCGACCCCAAGGUCUCGGCCAUCUUUGUCAAUAUCUUUGGCGGCAUCGUCCGCUGCGACCACAUUGCCCAGGGCCUCAUCAACACGGUCGAGAACCUGAACCUCAAGAUCCCCAUCAUCGCCCGCCUCCAGGGCACCAACGUCGAGGCCGCCCGCGAGCUCAUUGACAAGUCGGGCAUGAAGAUCUUCUCCAUCGACGACCUCCAGAACGCGUCCGAGAAGGCCGUGCAGCUGUCCAAGAUGGUCAAGCUGGCCCGCGACAUUGACGUCGGCGUGGAGUUCUCCUUGGGUAUUUGA